GUUGUGACUGAAACCCGUCAAUAUGGCGGCGAUCGGCCGCGGCCGCUCGCUGAAGAACCUCCGAAUACGAGGGCGGAAUGACAGCGGCGAGGAGAACGUCCCGUUGGAUCUGACCCGAGAACCUUCUGAUAACUUAAGGGAGAUUCUCCAAAAUGUGGCCAAAUUGCAAGGGGUUUCAAAUAUGAGAAAGCUGGGCCAUUUGAAUAACUUUACUAAGCUUCUUUGUGAUAUUGGCCACAGUGAAGAAAAAUUGGGUUUUAACUAUGAGGAUAUUAUAAUUUGCUUGCGGUUAGCUUUAUUAAACGAAGCGAAAGAAGUGCGGGCAGCAGGGCUACGCGCUCUUCGGUAUCUCAUCCAAGACUCCAGUAUUCUGCAGACGGUGCUUAAAUUGAAAGUAGACUAUUUAAUAGCCAGGUGCAUUGACAUACAGCAGAGCAACGAGGUAGAGAGGACACAAGCACUUCGAUUAGUCAGAAAGAUGAUUACUGUGAAUGCUUCCUUGUUUCCUAGCUCUGUAGCCAACUCACUAAUAGCAGUUGGAAAUGAUGGACUUCAAGAAAGAGACAGAAUGGUCCGAGCAUGCAUUGCUAUUAUCUGUGAACUAGCACUUCAGAACCCAGAGGUGGUGGCCCUUCGAGGUGGACUAAACACCAUCUUGAAAAAUGUGAUCGAUUGCCAAUUAAGCCGAAUAAAUGAGGCCCUCAUUACUACAAUUUUGCACCUCCUUAAUCAUCCAAAGACCCGACAAUAUGUGCGAGCUGAUGUAGAAUUAGAGCGAAUUUUAGCACCCUAUACUGAUUUUCACUACAGGCAUAGUCCAGAUACAGCUGAAGGACAGCUCAAAGAAGACAGAGAAGCAAGGUUUCUAGCCAGUAAAAUGGGGAUCAUAGCAACAUUCCGGUCAUGGGCAGGUAUUAUUAAUUUAUGUAAACCUGGAAACUCUGGGAUUCAAUCUCUAAUUGGAGUACUUUGCAUACCAAAUAUGGAAAUAAGGCGAGGUCUGCUUGAAGUACUUUAUGAUAUAUUUCGUCUUCCUCUGCCUGUUGUGACUGAAGAGUUCAUAGAAGCACUGCUCAGUGUAGAUCCAGGUAGAUUCCAAGACAGCUGGAGGCUUUCAGACGGCUUCGUAGCAGCCGAGGCCAAAACAGUUCUUCCUCAUCGUGCCAGAUCCAGGCCAGACCUCAUGGAUAAUUAUUUGGCACUGAUACUCUCCGCAUUUAUUCGUAAUGGACUUUUAGAGGGUUUGGUUGAAGUGAUAACAAACAGCGAUGACCAUAUCUCAGUUAGAGCUACCAUCCUUUUAGGAGAACUUUUACAUAUGGCAAACACAAUUCUUCCUCAUUCACAUAGCCAUCAUCUGCACUGCCUGCCGACCCUAAUGAACAUGGCAGCAUCCUUCGAUAUCCCCAAGGAAAAGAGACUGCGAGCCAGUGCUGCCUUGAACUGUUUAAAACGCUUCCACGAAAUGAAGAAACGAGGACCUAAGCCUCACAGCCUUCAUUUAGAUCACAUUAUUCAGAAAGCAAUUGCCACACAUCAGAAACGGGAUCAGUAUCUCAGAGUUCAGAAAGAUAUAUUUGUUCUUAAGGAUACAGAGGAAGCUCUUUUAAUGAACCUUAGAGAUAGCCAAGUCCUUCAACAUAAAGAGAAUCUCGAAUGGAAUUGGAAUCUUAUAGGGACCAUUCUUAAGUGGCCAAAUGUAAAUCUAAGAAACUAUAAAGAUGAACAGUUACACAGGUUUGUACGAAGACUGCUUUAUUUUUACAAGCCUAGCAGUAAAUUAUAUGCCAACCUAGACCUGGAUUUUGCCAAGUCGAAGCAGCUUACAGUUGUGGGCUGCCAGUUUACAGAAUUUCUUCUUGAAUCUGAAGAGGAUGGGCAGGGAUACUUAGAAGAUUUAGUAAAGGAUAUUGUUCAAUGGCUCAAUGCCUCAUCUGGAAUGAAACCUGAAAGAAGUCUUCAAAAUAAUGGUUUAUUGACUACCCUUAGUCAACACUACUUUUUAUUUAUUGGAACUCUUUCUUGCCACCCUCAUGGAGUCAAAAUGCUGGAAAAAUGCAGCGUUUUUCAAUGUCUCCUUAACCUUUGUUCCUUGAAAAACCAAGAUCAGUUGCUAAAACUGACUGUUUCUAGCUUGGAUUAUAGCAGAGACGGGUUGGCCAGAGUCAUCCUUUCCAAAAUCCUAACUGCAGCCACUGAUGCCUGCAGGCUGUAUGCAACAAAACAUUUAAGAGUAUUAUUGAGAGCUAAUGUUGAAUUCUUCAAUAAUUGGGGAAUUGAAUUACUAGUGACCCAGCUGCAUGAUAAAAACAAAACGAUUUCUUCUGAAGCUCUUGAUAUUCUCGAUGAAGCAUGCGAAGACAAGGCCAAUCUUCAUGCACUUAUUCAGAUGAAGCCAGCUCUAUCCCACCUUGGGGACAAAGGUUUGCUUCUCCUUCUGAGAUUUCUCUCCAUUCCAAAAGGGUUUUCCUAUCUGAAUGAAAGGGGUUACGUAGCAAAACAAUUGGAAAAGUGGCACAAGGAAUAUAAUUCAAAAUAUGUUGAUUUGAUUGAGGAACAACUUAAUGAAGCACUUACUACUUAUCGGAAGCCUAUUGAUGGUGAUAACUAUGUUCGUCGGAGUAAUCAAAGAUUACAGCGUCCUCAUGUCUACCUGCCUGUACACCUUUAUGGACAACUGGUACACCACAAAACAGGCUGUCAUUUGUUGGAAGUACAGAAUAUUAUUACAGAACUCUGCCACAACAUUCGUACACCAGAUUUGGAUAAAUGGGAAGAAAUUAAAAAACUGAAAGCAUCUCUUUGGGCCUUGGGAAAUAUUGGCUCAUCAAAUUGGGGUCUUAAUUUGCUGCAGGAAGAAAAUGUGAUUCCAGAUAUACUAAAACUUGCAAAACAGUGUGAGGUUCUUUCCAUUAGAGGGACCUGUGUAUAUGUGCUUGGGCUUAUAGCUAAAACCAAACAAGGCUGUGAUAUUCUAAAAUGUCACAACUGGGAUUCUGUAAGGCACAGUCGCAAACAUCUGUGGCCAGUAGUCCCAGAUGAUGUGGAACAACUCUGUAAUGAACUGUCAUCUAUCCCGAGCACCUUAAGUUUGAACUCAGAGUCAACCAGCUCUCGACAUAAUAGUGAGAGUGAGUCUGCUCCAUCAAGUAUGUUCAUACUGGAGGACGACCGGUUUGGAAGCAGCUCCACUAGUACAUUUUUCCUCGACAUCAGUGAAGAUGCAGAGCCAGCCUUCUACGACCGGCCUGGACCUGUGAAGGAUAAAAAUUCAUUCCCUUUCUUCGCGUCCAGCAAACUUGUGAAGAAUCGUAUCUUAAAUUCGCUUACUUUGCCUAAUAAAAAACAUCGUAGUAGCAGUGAUCCAAAAGGAGGGAAACUGUCAUCUGAAAAUAAAACAAGCAACAGGCGGAUCAGAACACUUACGGAGCCCAGUGUUGACUUCAAUCAUAGUGAUGAUUUUACACCCAUAUCCACAGUACAGAAAACAUUACAAUUAGAAACGUCAUUUGUUGGGAAUAGGCACAUUGAAGACACUGGUAGUACUCCAAGUAUUGGAGAGAAUGACUUAAAAUUCACCAAGAGUCUUGGUACAGAGAAUCACAGAGAGAACACAAGCCGAGAGAGAUUAGUUGUGGAAAGUUCAACAAGCUCACAUAUGAAGAUACGUAGCCAAAGUUUUAAUACAGACACUACAACAAGUGGCAUAAGUUCAAUGAGCUCAAGUCCUUCCCGAGAGACAGUAGGUGUAGAUGCUACAACGGUGGACACAGAUUGUGGGAGUAUGAGUACUGUGGUAAGUACUAAAACUGUUAAGACAAGCCACUAUUUGACACCACAGUCUAACCAUCUUUCCCUCUCCAAGUCAAACUCCGUGUCCCUGGUGCCUCCAGGGUCUUCUCAUACACUUCCUAGAAGAGCACAGUCCCUUAAAGCACCCUCUAUCGCUACAAUUAAAAGUUUAGCAGAUUGUAACUUUAGUUACACAAGUUCUAGAGAUGCCUUUGGCUAUGCUACACUGAAAAGAUUACAGCAACAAAGAAUGCAUCCAUCUCUAUCUCAUUCUGAAGCUUUGGCAUCUCCAGCAAAAGAUGUGCUGUUUACUGACACCAUCACCAUGAAGGCCAACAGCUUUGAGUCCAGGUUAACACCAAGCAGGAUCGAUUUUAAAAAGAAGCAUGUCGGGGGAAUCAGGAGCUUAAGACCUACAAUAACAAACAACUUUUUCAGGUUCAUGAAAGCCUUAAGUUAUGCUUCGUUAGAUAAAGAAGAUUUAUUAAGUCCUAUUAAUCAAAAUACCCUGCAGCGAUCCUCCUCAGUGAGGUCCAUGGUGUCCAGCGCGACAUACGGGAGCUCGGAUGACUACAUCGGUCUUGCUCUUCCAGUGGACAUCAAUGAUAUAUUCCAGGUAAAGGAUAUUCCCUAUUUUCAGACUAAAAGUGUACCUCCACAUGAUGAUCGAGGUGCAAGAGUGUUUGCUCAGGAAGCAGGAGGUCUUCCAUCUGGAACUGGAGGUCUUGUCAAAAACUCUUUUCACUUGCUGCGACAGCAGAUGAGUCUUACAGAAAUAAUGAAUUCAGUCCAUUCAGAUGCGUCUCUGUUUUUAGAAAGUACGGAAGACACGGGACUGCAGGAGCAUACAGAUGAUAACUGCCUUUAUUGUGUCUGCAUCGAAAUUCUGGGUUUUCAGCCCAGUAACCAACUAAGUGCAAUAUGUAGUCAUUCAGACCUUCAAGACAUUCCGUAUUCUGAUUGGUGUGAGCAGACGAUCCAUAAUCCCUUGGAAGUGGUUCCCUCUAAGUUCUCCGGGAUUUCUGGAUGCAGUGAUGGAGUGUCUCAGGAAGGGUCAGCCAGCAGCACCAAAAGCACAGAGUUGCUGCUAGGUGUUAAAACAAUUCCAGAUGAUACACCAAUGUGCCGUAUACUCCUUCGGAAAGAAGUUCUAAGAUUAGUCAUUAAUUUGAGUAGUUCAGUUUCAACUAAAUGUCAUGAAACUGGGCUUUUAACAAUUAAGGAGAAGUACCCUCAGACAUUCGACGACAUCUGCCUCUACUCGGAGGUCUCCCACCUGCUGGCGCACUGCACGUUUAGGCUGCCGUGUCGGAGGUUCAUACAGGAAUUAUUUCAGGAUGUGCAGUUUGUACAGAUGCAUGAAGAAGCAGAGGCGGUGUUGGCAAUACCACCAAAGCAACCUGUAGUUGAUCCAUCGGCUGAGUCCUGACCUCAUGUUCAUGGUGUAUAUAGGUGGAUACUAAUUACAUAUUCGCAUCGUGCAGUUCGAGACGCCUGAGACACUGCCGCUGCCUGGGCAGCAGGGACAGGAGCGGCCUCUGCACUGCGCCUGCAGACCUGGCGCACGGACAUUGGAACUGCCGACCUCCCUAACCAAGCCGCUUCCUGUCGCCCGGGAGCCUCCUUCGGGUUCAUUAUCAAUACCACAGUUUUAAAAGUUUUAGUUACCGUUGUAUGCAAGAGCCAAGCACUGAAUACCUACAUAGGUUUUCUGUGUUUUCACUUUAAGUGCAUACCAACAGUGGAACAUAAUAGGGCGUGGAGAGGCGCCCUUCACACAGUUUUCUCUUAGUUCCUUCCUUCGGGUGAGUAAAAAGAUGCCUUGUUUGUUAACUAAUCGCGGAAACCAGGAGUCAGUCUUUGGCUAUGUUCUUUCACCACGGUGGGCUGUGCUGUGCUGUGCUGGACCUGCUGGGAGGGGAGCUGUUCUUUACGUUUGUAACACUACUUCAGAGGUUUGCGACCUCAGAGCAAACAGGAGCCUCGAUGACCUGGGACUUAUAAGUUAUUUUUAUGUUACUAGACUUGCAUAAAAUUUUUUAUUUUUCUUCUUUUCAGUUUUGUUGCAAUGUGUUGUUGUUAUAGGCUGUUUGAACCAAUUAAGGUUUUUCACUACAGUUCCUGAUUAAAAUCAGAAAACCAUUUCACAGUUCAGCUGUUUUCCCACUUAUAUAGAAUGCAUAUAUAUAUGUUCAGUGGACUUCCAUUUCAUCAACUUCCCACGUCACCACUUUAAACAGGAACUUGAACAAGCACUAGUAAUGUAGACCUAAAACAAAGAAAGCAUUAAGUGAUACUUCAAGGAAAAGUUAAGUUUGCCUACAAUGUACUACACAUUCCAUGGGAAAAGAAGAGCCAUAUUUUUUUAAAAAAAUUAUUAAUGACACUGUUAUUACUAUUAAAAAUUGUAGUGAAAAGCCUUAAGAACUAAAUUUUAAAGCAGCAGUAAUUUAAUUUUAUAUCAGUGUUCUGUUUUGCACAAACUAAAUGCAGCGAUAGGUUAGUUCAUGAGUACAGUAGUUGCCUUGAUCACAUUUGUGAAAUUAAGUUGAUGAGGGCAAGGUGUUUUUUAUUUGUGUGUUUAAUUUGUAUAUGUCUGACAGGAAUUAAACAUAUAUGCAAAUUUGUAUAUAAAAAUAGCAUGGCCGUCAUCAUUAGAAUGCUUGUAAAUGAAAGGAUUAUCUUUUUUCAGGUCUAUAUAUAAAUAGAAACAAAUCCAGCUGGACUGAUUAGGACCCUUUUUUAAUUCAUUUGUGUAUACCAUUUUUACAGCUACACGUCAGCUUUGACAAUAGUGAUAGUACAUUGAUUAAUAUUUUCCCAUAUCACAGAUUCUUUUUAUAAUGGGCUUGUUCUGAGAUCUCUGUAAAGAACCCUGUGAACUAGAAAACAUAACUCACAGAGAUACUUUCUUUUAUUUUUUUAUUUUACUGGCACUGAAAGUUGCAGCUGGGAUGAAGCAUCUCAUCCCACUUCAUAAACCUCUCUGCUCUUCAGCGAGCUGUCCGCGGCGCACGUCAGCAACGUCCCUGCUGGCACGCGGGGGAGGGCCGGGCUGCUGCUCAUGUCCGAGGGUCUCCAGAUGUUCUCACAUCCAGUGGACGAUAAACACACCCUUUCUCACACUCGACCUUAUCCUCAACCCCACCCAGUGUUUAUUUAAAUGUCAACAGUACUUUUAAGAACAUUGCCUGUCAGCUUGGUCUUUGGUCUUGGAUGAUUAAACUGCCUUCCAGAGAACCAGAUGUCAGAGACGGUAGACCAGAUAGUGGUUAGAACUCCAGAGGAGCUGACACAGUAAUCUGUUCACCAUGGGAUUAACAUAUUUUAGACAUUCAUUUUAAACACUACCUCAGUUAUUAUUAAUAUAGAAUAUAAAAUCUGUGGUUUAAUCCCUCAGAAAUUAGCAGUGAUGUUUUUGGUCACACAAUCAUCCCCAUCCCUGGGCCCCGUCUCACUCGUCCGUGCUGAGAUGGAGUCUUCAUUACUAUGCGUCUGAGCAGUGCUUUUGACAGUUACUCUGAGAGACUUGUACGUACACAUCAUCAUAUUUGCCUAUAGCACUUAGUUUGGGGAGACACUCAGAGCUUUGUGGUUAUCAGUAAUUUAAGGAAAAAAUGUACCUAAAUGUAUGAUACUGUUUGGUUUAUCCAUGUUUCACUGACAGGUCCAAUGUGUUUUCUUUGAGUGCUCGUUUGUAUAAAAGUAAACGUUCACAAUGAGGAAGGCUCACGAUGCAGUGCCAAGUGAUCAGUGUGGUGUUAAAUAUUGAAUAUAGCGGAAAAGGUCAGGAAUGGUGUCAGUGGUGAUGGAAACAAUUGAGAAAAUUGUCUAUAAAUAAUAGAUAUUACCAGACUAUAAGAUACCAAAAUAAUGUCAGUACUAGUUUAAGAUUUUAGAAUUAAUCUUAGUCCAUAUAAAUUUGUUCUAUUGGUAAUCAUUGAUAAUUUGGAGGAAUUUGGACAGUUGUGCUGGUUGUAAACUGAAUUUCUAAUUGUAAAGUGAACUAUUUCUAAUUGAAAUUUUUUUCAAGAACAGAUUUCAGCUUCACAUACUAAGUAAAUACUGAUAAAGAAGGAAAUUAGAAAUUAGUAUUCAUAAUUAAAUAUGAUCUAAAAUUUCUUACACUUUUAUUUCCUGUUUAUGCUUAGGUAGAGCUGAGGGGGGAAAUUUCUUCUCCCUAAUAAAAUUUUUUAAAUAAAGAUUGGUAGCAUAUGGACAUCCUGUAAGACAGUGACAUUAAAAAAGGUUCUUUGGAGGUGGGUAUAUAUAUUAUUAUACUAGUUACUCGAAUAUGUGUGCAAGUACUUUUAAAAUGGUGGCUUUAACAGUUUUCAGCUCUUUUAUCCAGAACUGGAGACAAUUAAAGCUGAAUUUUUCAGGGCAUAUUACAGUGGCAAAGUGUUCAACAGUGAGGUAUCAGUGCUUACAUAGAUUUGUCUACUGCUAUUUAGAUAAAAAUGUUCAUUCCAUUCCGAGGAUGCCUUUUAUCCCACAUUAAGCACAGAUAAUUAAGCAAUAAAAACCAAAUUGUCAUCCAAAUUAUAACUGCAAGUAUUUUUGCAUGGUAAGAGUGAGGUGCUAAUUUUGUGUGAGAUGAGAUUUGUAAACUACCUUGGGAAAGGUCCUUUGGAAGUAAGGUUUUUCCCUUUUUCCCAUGCUUCCAGUUUUGCCUCCUAUUCACAAUCCAUUAAAACAAGAGGAAAAAGAAAAGGUAGAGUUAAUUGCCAGAGUUUUAUGAGAAGAGCUUUUGGAAUAAAAGAACAUUUCGGAUUUUCCAAAAUGUAAGUUGGGAAAGGUCUCCCUUGUCUGCCAUUCAGGAAAUACAUUGUUAUCAGUUUCAUUUCAAGAGUAGUACUCUGUGAGUUUCAUUGUAAAGCAUACCAGUGAAAUCAGCAGCAUUGUUUCUCACGUGAUGUGAAGUCCAGGCUCUUCGUAGGAGCGUUCUUUCUCUUUCAGUUCCAGGUUUCCAGGGUGAUUUCACUCGUAGUAGGUUUAUAUGACUUACACAGAAUGUGGAUUUUCCCCCCUUUGGAGUAUUUUUGUAAUGUAGGUGGAUAGCUAUGCUAACAGCAUGCAUAAAUUGCACAUUUUGUUUGAUUUUCUUUAUAAAAUAUUUAAUUUGAAAAAUAUAAUUUAUGCCAAAAAAAAGUAUACCUUAUCAUUUUGCCACUAAAAAGGUUGAUUUAGCACAAAAUACAAAAGUUUGGGGGCAAGCGUGGGGGUGGGGGGAUAAAAAAAGUUUUCAUAGAUAAUAGUUGAAAAAUGUUCCAUUACUGGCCUGUCAGAAACCCUGAAGCUGCUUGUAAAACAAAUAGUGUAAAUUAGUUUUGAAAAGUGGUGUAAGGGACUGUGAAAAAACCCAGAUUAAUGCUCCCUGACCACAUGAUUUUCCUUUAGUAAUACGCUGCUACAUAUUUGGAGGUUCUGGUGUUUGUAGGUCACUGAACAGACAUUGAAAUAUGAUUUAUAUUGUAUAACUGUAACAUAGAAAGACAAAGUAUUUAUAUAUUUUCCGUAAGAAUAUUUCAUCAAGUUGUGUAUAAUUUAAAAUAAGGUUUGUCCCCAAAUGGUUUCGCUCAACUUGAUUUUUUUUUUUUUUUUUUUUUUUUGUGGUUUUCUUGUUUUGUAUAAUGUGUACAGUUUAUGUCAAGGGCAUUAAAAGCCUCCUGAAGCGUAAUCUCAUCAAAGGGAUACAUUCUUAAUAAAAUGUACUUAAAAUUCUUACACUUGUGUUGUUCUGUUUGACAUUUUAAAACAGUCCAUGAUGGUUUGGAUUAUAUAUCACUGAGGCUGAUAUGUAUGCUUCCCAGUAAAAGUGACUCUUAGGCAACACAGAUAGUUCAGCGACACAUUCGUGGCUUGUUUUAAAACAUUCUUCAUAAUUUAAUCAGACAUAUCUUUACAGUUUUAUUUUAACUUCAAAUCAUUAUCAAGUGUUUGGAAAAAUGGGUCAGUUUUUAGAGAGAACAGUUAUGGAUUUUUUUGAGAAAUUAGUGUACAAUAAAAAUGAUGACAGUAUGAUGACUUCUGUGCCAGGCAUCUGAUUCCUCACACAGAAACUGGCCUGAUCAUAUAGGGUGAUGUACUGCCGCCUAGUGGCAAAUGAGUAUACUACAAGGGGGAGGAUUAAGCCUGGAGAGAGAAAUUAAGUGUAAAGCUGGGGUCUUAUAGUUUAUUAAAUGUGGUAAUAAAAUGUAUGUCUCAUUCUUAGAAAUAGAUUUAUUUAAGUACAUGCAUGUAUAUCAGUUUGUCAUUGACUUUCACUGUAUAUGUUCAACAGAAACAGUAUGCCCCCCCC